GGCACAUCCCAGUGAGAAUCAGGCACAUCCCAGUGAGAAUCGGGCACACCCCAGUGAGAAUCGGGCACACCUCAGAACGACGAAGUUUUGAUACCAGCUGGGUCAUUUCCGCGCAGCUGACUUCCGUGCAUGAGUUUUACGUGAAACUGAAUCUUCGCGAACCAGACUUCCGUGGACUGGAUUUCCGUGGACUGGAUUUCCUUGAACUCAACUUCCGUAUGGUGCCGUAGUAUUGUAAGAAACAGCGUCACGAAUUAUUUUUCUGCAGGUGUCCAUACAAAAAGUCAGGGACGUUAAUUGAUGAAAAAACAGCCAGAAACACUAAACUGUUGGAGCGACCCAUGUUUCUUUAUUAAAAGUGUGCGGAACAAAAAUUAUCCUGAGGAGAAACAAUCUCAACAUUCCUUCGCUGAAAAUCCAGGACUUUUGUCUGAACGUCGAAGCCCUACUGGACGCAGGUGUUAUUUGAGCUAAUUGUUGUUUGGGACUGUCAGUCAGCGGUGCCAUCACUAUGUCCUCGGGAAGUCUACACCCGUACCUUGCCCUCAAGUAUGAACACAUGUUCUACCUGAUUUACGACACAAUGAAGGACGGGAACCUCUCCCGGCAGGAUUUCUCCAAACUUCUCACGCGAUUGGCUGAAGUCAAAGGGCUGGAACCAAAGACAAAAGAGUAUCGAGAGCUUCAGGAGCGCGUGAACGGUGUGUGGGCGGGGCUUAUGAAAGGGUCAAGAUUUUACAGGCAUAAUCCCUCUCAGUUACACUUAAACAUCACCGAAUGGCUGGAAUACUGGAAAGACUUCGCGCGUGCGGCCAAACAGUGCGAGGGUUGGCCGGAUACUUCCAUUGACGGUCACGUGGAGUACCUUUGGCAACGAGACUUCGUAGAUCUCGUGUUUGACAUCAUGGAUAAAGAUGGUGACAACGUUGUGUCACGUGAUGAUUACGUCAGGCUGAUGGCUGGACUGGGUCUGGAAAAGGAAGCAAGUAGCGAGGCGUAUGACGUCAUCACACGUGCUAAGAACAAUAGUCAGCGUUUAAAGCGAGAAGAAUUUUCCGACCUCUGGCUGGCGUAUUUGACCAAUGAAAAUCCUAAAUCACAUCCGGGCAACUGCAUCAUGGGCAUCCUCGAACUGGAUCCAAGGUCGUGAUUGACUGACCUUUGACACCUUAAAUUUUAUUGAUUCUUGGCUCAGGGACGUUAAAGCCAGUCAGCUUUCUGCUCUUCUCCCAGACAAGCAAAUCUGGUUUAAUUCUGUCACAGUGCCAAAAAAGAUUAACCCUGUCAAGAUAUUAGGUUUGAAUCAUCUGUUGUGUAGACUAUGUACAAUAUAUCGGGUUAUGGAUUAUGAAUAUUACGGCUUUUGUCUGACUGAAGACUGAAUCAUAGAUCGCACCUUCGAAUCAUGCAAAGCUUGCUACCUGGAUUGCCUGGGGCUUUAUGUCAGUUAAGUCUGUUUAGUGUAUAAUGAGUAAGAGAUGUGCGGUGGUUUCCUUUAGAUGUAGAGGUGGGUUUCCUUCACCAAUAAUAAACCACACCUGCAGGAGUGAAGAAACUACCAGUUGAACUUGCAUUCUUUGAUCAAAACAAAAUGUCAAUAAUCAGGUGCGUAAUUACGUCAACGGCCUUGACGUCUGUAAUCUCUGCCAGUUGUAUUAUAUGUGACUUGACAUGAACGACGCACUGUCAGGCGUUGACAGAAGUGUACACCCAAAGCACAAAUGUACUAAAAUAACUAGGCCUAUAUUUGUAAUAUGGCAAGAUUCAUUGUGUGUCGCAAUUUGAAAGAGAAAUUUUGUUGGUUUUGGCAAUAUUGCCAGAAUUCUUGCUUUAUGCCUGUUAUUUUGUCAACCUAAGAAUAGUACGCUCAGUUAUUUUCUCACUCAUGUAACGUUGAUAUCACUUCUGUAAUAUUUAUUAAACCCUUUUAUUAA